CCACCUCCCACCCGUCAUAUACCCCAGCAGUGCCACCUGUCAGUGUCCAUCAGUGCCAGCUCUCAGUGCUCAUCCAUGCCACCUGCCAGUGCCCAUCAGUGCCACAUUUCAGUGCCCAUCAGUGCCACAUCAAUGCCACUUAUCAGUGCCCAUCUGAACUGCCUUUCAGUGUCACCCAUCAGUGCUAGUCAGUGCCACCUAUCAGUGCCAGUCAGUGCCGCCUAUCAGUGCCGCCUAUCAGUGUGCAUCAAUGCCGCCUAUCAGUGUGCAUCAAUGCCGCCUAUCAGUGUGCAUCAAUGCCGCCCUAUCAGUGUGCAUCAAUGCCGCCUAUCAGUGCCCGUCAGUGCUGCCUAUCAGUGCCACCUAACAGUG